UCUCCCUAACUACUUCAAAGCAGAAAAGCCCAUUUCCCCUCACCAAAAAAUCCCCACCAAAAUCCCAUUUCUCCUCCUUUUGUGAGUCUCCUUCCUUUUCUCUAAAUUUUUUUCCUUUUUUGGUGUUUCUGCUACCAAUUUGGUGGUGAUGAAUGAUGAUUGUUGGUUAGUAGUGUGAGUUUUGGUGAAAGUUGUAAUUUUUAAUCCCUUGUCAUUCCUUCUCUUCUUGCAGAUCUAGGCGACGUGACGAAGCGGCAUGGGUCGGUGAAGCCAAACGAAGCAGCAACAUCAGAGGGGAGUGAAGCGGAGGGUGUUCUGGCCACGGGACUUUGGAUUCUCGAAGCAUUGUGCCAUUCCAUUGUCUUUCUUUUAAGAUCCUGAUUCAAUUUCCAGGAGAAUAAAGAAUAUGGUAAAUUUGAGCAUCAUUGAUUAGAAAGCAUAGUGAAGUUGCAGCAAAUGUUUGACAAAAUAGUAGUCACUGGUGAAACUGCAUGGACUCCAGCUGCUGGGCCUAUUUCUCCAGUACAACAACAUGUGGGGUUUGAAGAUGCUGUUGAUUUGGAAGAAGGAAGUGGUGAUUCUGAUCAGGUGAAUGUCAUCCCAACACAAACUGGUGGAAGCAGUGAAAAAAGGAAGAAAAACACAAUUGGUCCUUCACUUACCAGCAAAGGGAAGAAAGUGAAAGUAGGGGGUGCAACAUACAUGCAGAAACAAUUGAAUCGUCUUUGUGAUGUAGUUGAAAGUUACACCACAACUACUUUGAGUGAUUCAUCAAACAAAAAUUAUGAAACAUAUCCUGAUACCACUGAAGAAUGUAUGGAGAUGUUGUUAACUUUACUUGGAGUUGAAGAUGGUAAUGAGCUUUUUAUGUUAGGUACUCGGUUGUUUGUGAAACGAGAAUACAGAAAUAUGUUUAGGAGUAUAAAAUCAGUUAACUCCAAACUUUCUUGGCUACAGCAAGAGUUGGAAAGGGACAAGAUAAGGUUUGAGAUGGAGAGGGAGAGAUUCAGUGGUAGAAGGUAUUACUAGGAUGUUUGUAUUUGAGUUUUUAGUAUUAAGACAUUCGUAAUGCUUAUAUUUGAGAUACAAAACUGUUUUCUUUUUUAUUUGUAUUUUCGUUGUAUGUGGACUAAUAUUAUGAAUUUAUGUCUUUUUCAUAAUGUUGUUUCUUAGAAAUUGGACUAGUGAUUUAUAGUUCAAAUAAGGAUUCCAUAUUAAU